AUGGCAAAACCUGUACUAUCUGAUCGGCUCGCGAGAUGGUACCUCCAAUUUCAACAAUUUGAAAUUAUUUAUGUACCUGCGAAAGCUGUCAAAGGACAAAUAUUGGCAGACUUUUUAGCCGAUCAUCCCGUACCUGCCGAGUGGGAAUUGACUGAUGAACUUCCCGAUGAAGAAGUGUUUAUGGUCGAUUCGCCGUGGUCAAUGUAUUUCGAUGGAGCUGCUCACCGCGAUGGAGCUGGUGCGGGAGUUGUCUUUUAUACUCCUGAAGCAGAUAUAUUGCCAUACUCUUUCACUUUAACACGUCGGUGUUCAAACAAUGUGGCCGAAUAUCAAGCAUUGAUUCUCGGUCUGGAAACGGCCGUAGACAUGAAGCAAUUGCAUCUUAGAGUUUAUGGUGAUUCAAAAUUGGUGGUAAAUCAACUUCUUGGUAUUUAUGAUGUCAAGAAACCCGAAUUAAUCCCAUAUUAUAAGUAUGCAAGACAGCUCAUGGGAUAUCUGGGCGAUGUCACUAUAGAACAUAUCCCUAGAAAUUUCAACCAAUAA